AAAUCAACAUGCAGCACAACCCGCAUUUGGAAAUACCGGAUCACCCCAUGUGUCUCAGCCGUUGAAGCCAACUCAAAUAUGGCGCCCUCGACGCCCUAGGACCGCCCUCGCUCCCUCAAAGGAGUCCUUCCUACUACAAUCUCCUACGCAGCCUGGAGGAGGCUCCGACAGUACGGGAUCUCGACGUACACACGGCGACAUACACCAUGCCAGCAGACUCACAAGUCGAUGUCCAUCCGAAUCGGGGCUUCCUCGCUCGCGCGCACAAGUUCGCGUUCUGGCUCACUGGAUUCUACGUUGCAGUGAUCGCCUUACUUUCGGUGCCCUACAUCCAGAGGCAUGUGGCCUACGAGCACUGGAUCACCGAGCCAUGGCACCGGACAUUUGAUGUUCCCGAAAUGUAUGGCCUUGCGCCUGGCAAAACACUCGACCUCAAGGUCCACACCUCUGAUAAUGUCACCCUCGGAGCGUGGUUCAUGCUCGCGGACUCCUACUACCAAACUCUCCGCACAUCUACACCAGAGCCUCUCUCACAGCCGUCUCUCGAGACGGUAGAAGACGCGAUCAAGUCUCGACCGACGAUUCUCUACUUCCAUGGCUCAGCCGGCUCCCGCUGCACGACCUGGCGCAUCCAGCACUACAUCGCUUGGACAGCGCGUCUGGGCGCGAACAUCUUCGCGAUCGACUACCGCGGCUUCGGGAACAGCCAAGGCUCUCCAUACGAAGAGGGUAUCAAACUCGACUCAUACGCAGCCUGGGACUGGCUCGUGGAACACGGGGCGAAGCCUGAGGAGGUGCUCGUCCUCGGGCACAGCCUCGGUACGGGCGUCACUGGAAAGCUAGCGUCGCGUCUGGCGCGCGAGGGCGUCAAGCCGAGGGGCGUAGUCCUCCUCGCACCAUUCUCGAGUAUGUCGACACUGCUCGAGACUUACGAGCUGUGGGGAUUCCCUCUGCUGCAGCCGUUACAGAGUUUCGCACUCGGUCGCAAGAUCGUGAAGAGACUGGCGAGCGAACUGUACGAUACGCUUUCUGUCAUUCAUGAAUUCAACGUGCCGACCUUAAUUGCACACUCCACGGAUGACUACCAAAUUCCGCACUCACACUCCCGGUCGCUCAUGGACAAGCUCCUCGACCCACUGCUCCCGCCCGACUUCCCCCUCCCCGACAAUCCAGGCGCGCCCGUCCCACAUGAGCACUUUCAGGCCUUCACGGAGGCGCAGAAGGCGCGCAGGGAGGCGCGCACCGCGCUCGUGCGCAAGGUCGACGUGCCCGCGUUUGGCACGAUAGAGCAGUUCGAGGGGACGUAUGGGACGGUGGUGUACGUGGAGGCCAACUGGGGCUCGCACAGCAAGGUCGGUCUGCAGGAGGGCGUGCAGGAUGUUAUUGCCUCCAUGUUCAAGCUCGGUGUACAUGCGUGAAGCACGCUUUGUUUCUCACUAUCGGUCUAGCGGUGCUCUUUAGAUGCUAUUCAUGCUCCAUUCAUCUGUCAGGCUCUCUGCC